AUGCCUUGGAACGACACCCGACCCUGGAUCAAGGAUCCUGCAACCCGUUUCAGCUCUCCUCCUGAUCCUGCCAUCCUUGCCCGACUACAUGACGCACACUGCCAUCCGAGCGACGACGACGAGUUUGUGCCGGAGACGCUGCGAAGACUGAAGACGGGGAUCCUCUGCGCCAUGAGCUCUUCGCUGGCGAACCAGGAGAAGACGCGGGAAGUGUACAAGGCGGACCCGGACAAGGUCGUCCCUUUCUUCGGCCUGCAUCCCUGGUUCUGCCACCCGAUUUCUUUCGAGCCACCAGAUGCUGUACCGGCCAAGGCAGACCACUAUCGAUCCCUCUUCCCCGAUCUCUCCGACUCUUCCGCCGCGCGUCCAUCCCUCUCCUCCGUCCUCGACUCUUUCCCCGAUCCAGUCUCCAUGUCGACCUACCUUUCCGACUUGGAAGCCAACCUCUCAGCACAUCCGACCAGCCACGUAGGCGAGAUCGGUCUCGACCGCGCCUUCCGAAUCCCAACUCCUCCACACAUCGCAGCGGACAAGCGCAACCCAAAACAUACCGACCUCGCCACCCCCCUCUCGCACCAACUGCGUAUCGUCGAAGCGCAAGUCGACCUUGCGAUCCGGCUGGGCAAGAACAUCAGCCUGCAUUCGGUUCGUGCGCCGCAGGAGACGGUGGAUAUGCUGAGGCGGUUCAAGGAGGUCAAGGGCGAGGGUUGGCAGCGGAUACGUGUAUGCUUGCACUCGUUCGGAGGGAGCGCAGAGUCGGCCAAGCAGAUACAGAAGGCACAUCCGAACGUCUUCUUCUCGUUUGCGACUAUCAUCUCUGGUCGCUCUCCGCACUUCCACAAGCUCCUCCAAGCCAUCGAGCCGGACCGCCUCCUCGUCGAGAGCGACUUUUCCGACACGCGAGAGAUCGACAACCAGAUCUGGGAAGUCUUCCAAGAGAUCCUUACCGCACUCUCCUGGACGCCCGAAGAAGCCGUCUCCCGCCUCGGAGCAAACUGGGAACGGUUCGUCUCGCCCAUUGACGAGCGACCAAAGCCGAAGCUGAGCAACAGGGAGAAGAAGCGCGAGCGGAAGAGGGUGGACCUGUACGUCUCGGACGAGGAGGAAGCUUGA